UAUGUGUGUGUGUGUGUUGUGACUUCAACCUUAGGGCCAUCCCUUUCCGGGGUGCCUCGUACGUUUGCUGAUAAGAUUUGUUGCGCGAGACAAGCAGCGUCUCGUUGCUUAGCGUUUUGUUCGGCAUUAGCGUGUGUUGCCCGUGCCUGUUCCUUGAUCGCGACCAGCUGAUAAAGCGAGGGUCGUCGAGGUAGAAUGCCGGAAUAACGAGAUCGAUUCAUUGGUGGAAACACUCAGUGUUGCACUGGAUGCAGAACGGUGCAGCAGUCCGCAGACGCACGACGUGAACGACUUAAACGUAGCAACAAAAAACACCGUAUUUAGUGAACUUUGGAAGCAUCUUCGUCGGGUCGUGAAGCGUUUCCAUCUGCACGAGGCGCAAGUUGCGUCGUAACUACCCUGUAAAUCGAGACCGCACCAAAGACACACCCAGCCCACACCAUAGCCAACAGACAUGUCGGGCGAAACACAUGCAGCCGGGGAGGAAAACAAGGUCCGGUACCGGCGAACGCAAAGUGUUACCCGGGCAGAAGAGAUUACCAAAAAGGAAUCGGAACAGCGCAAAUCACAACCGGAUAAACCAUGCCACCGACCACGAGAUUCGCUGUUCUCCUGGAGCUCCGGUUUCGACAACUUCACCGGUCUAGUCAAUUGGGGUUUUCUGUUGCUCACGAUGGGAGGCAUUCGGUUGGUGCUAGAAAACUUUAUCAAGUACGUACUGGCACUGAUGCCACCCGAUUAUGUUCAUUUCUUAACGGUUGUGUUCGAUCUCGUCAGAUACGGUAUACGCGUUGAUCCGGUACAGUGGUUUACGGUACUCACCGGGAAGGGUGAAGGUGAAGGUUAUCCCUCGCUGCUGCUCGUGAGCUACGCGCUAGUUCCGGUGAUGAUCUGCCUGAUGAUGGAACGAUCGCUAGCGAGCGACAUCAUACCCGAAAGUGCCGGAAUGGCUGUACACAUCAUCAACAUCAUCGUGCUGGUGCUGAUCCCGAUGGUUGUGAUACACGUGAAGGGACAUAUAUUUAGCUUAGUGGGAGCUAUGACGGUAUGUUUCAUCUAUUGCAUACUGUUUCUGAAGCUUUGGAGCUACGUUCAGGUGAAUUUGUGGUGUCGCACGGAGAAGAAACUGCACCGACACAGUCGUUCCGGUCGACGACAAAGCAUUACGAUAGCUCAGUUGCAAAAUGGACGAGAUCAGGAAGCGGAACGCACCGCGAACGGUAGCGCGACCGGUUAUUGCAACGAUAAGGACAAAGUACCGUCGUUGGUACACUACCCGGACAAUCUGCAUCCGGUCGAUUUGUUCUACUUCCUGCUAGCACCCACGCUCUGCUACGAGCUCAACUUCCCCAAGACGAACCGGAUCCGGAAGCGGUUCCUCAUCAAGCGCAUGCUGGAGGUGGUGAUCGGUAUCCACAUCGUGAUGGGAUUGUUCCAGCAGUGGAUGAUCCCGUCGGUGCGUAACUCGCUCGUACCGUUUUCCAACAUGGAUCUCACCAAAACGGCCGAACGACUGCUGAAGCUUGCCAUUCCAAACCAUCUGAUGUGGUUGUGCUUCUUCUACCUGACGUUCCAUUCCUUCCUGAACCUGAUGGGUGAGCUGCUACACUUUGCGGAUCGUAAUUUCUACAGCGACUGGUGGAACGCGAACAAUAUUGACACGUUCUGGCGCACCUGGAACAUGCCCGUGCAUAAAUGGUGCGUUCGCCAUCUGUACAUACCGGUGGUGGAGUUAGGCUACUCCAAGGUAGCCGCUUCGGUGAUCGUGUUCUUCUUCAGUGCCUUCUUUCACGAGUAUCUCGUCAGCGUGCCACUGAAAACGUUUAAGGUGUGGGCCUUCACCGGCAUGAUGGCGCAGAUACCGCUAUCAUUCAUCGCCAAGUAUAUGGAAACGAACUACGGGCCUCGGUGGGGUAAUAUGCUCGUGUGGGCUUCGAUUAUCCUUGGACAACCGUUGGCCAUCAUGAUGUACUACCACGACUACGUCAUUACCAACUACAACGAUGUGCUGGUGUAGAACCGUGGUGCCAAAAAAAAAAAUAGAAGGAUCACAUUCCAAACACAUCACAUCACCUCCAUUCACAGACUGGCCAUUUGUAGACAUUCAGGAAUGUAUCUUGUUACAAUUUUCUUUUGUUUCUUUUGUCCUUUUUUAUAAUAAAAUUGUGUUUUGUUUUCUUCUGUCCUGUGCGCGAACAAAACUGAGAACC